AAUCUAUCUGAUUUUUUUUUUUUAAUGGUUUAUGUAUGAGAUUAAACGCGAAAUCUGCAGAUUUACUCAGAAGUACAAAGUCUGACAAAGUACAGAAAUUAUUGCGUGUAAUUUAUCCUUGUAAAUUCCUCAAUCUAUCAAGUUUGGAUUUUAUGAAAAAACAAAUAUUUAUUGAUUUCCGUUCCUGAAUCUGUAAAAUUAAACUACAUUUUAAAAAUGAUCUAUAUUGUUAAAAACUAGGAGAAAAAUAUUUUUUAUAUAAUUUCUCAGAAUUGAGAUUUUUUUUAUUUUUGGUGUUUCGUGUAUAUAUUGUACUGCGCGUUCAUGGGGAUGAACAAUGAUUUCUAGUAAAGAUAACUCUUAUCAUCAUUUUCAUACUAAUUAGCUCUAAUCAUUUUUUGAAUUUAUAUAUAAUUAGUUAAUUCAUAGUGAACUAUAGUUAAAAAAUUAUGAAUCUGACAGUAAAGAUUUUCCAUUUCAUGAUUUUGGGAAAACCACAGUUUUUAAUUUCCAUUGAUAAAGGCUCAUUAUGUGUAAUCAUACACUGAUACGUGUUUGCCUGUGUGUGGACCCCCCCGCCCCCCACAAUCCACCCCCACACAUGGGUGGGGUGGGUUGGCACUUUCAGUGAAUUCCCUUUCAUGUAAAGAAGGUGGCUAGGGGAAAGAGGGAACAGCCCAGUAAGGCUCCCAUUGUCAAUGUUGCUGAGUGAACGUGUGUGUGUGUGUGUGUGUGUGUGUGUGUGUGUGUGUAGCUUCAGCCCUCAGAGCAAUGGCACUCUCGUGUGAGAAGACAAAAAGAUGGGGACCAAAAACAAAAGAGUAAACGAGAGAGAGAGACAAACAAGAAAGAGGCAUUUUUAUCCUACACACCCUUCUCUUUACUCUAUUCCCAUAUCCCUAUUCUCUUCCUCUACUCUUACCCUUCUCCAUUUCCAAGGAAGGGAAUUUCAUCAGCUAUUAUUUGAUUUUUCUUCUUUUGAUGUUUCAUUUUUUUACUAUCUUUUUGGUGGGCGUGAUUUUACAGAAUUUAUGCCAGUUUUGAUGAUUAUGGAAAAACCAUUUGCAUUUGUUGGUUGAAGUAAUCAUAUUCAAUCUGGUUCAGAUCUGGAACUCUGUAAAGAUAUUUUUAUCAGGAAAGGGUCUGCUUUUAGAGUAAUUGUUCUGGUUACUUAUUUGUUUAAUUUUCGGUUUAGUAAAAGCCUGUCAAAAAGUGUUUUGAUCAAUAGCAUAUGAAGGGGAUAUCAAUGUGGUCUAAUCUGUAGUUUGGAUGGAUGUGUGUGAAUCAAGGGUAGCAUUACAGAAGCGCUCCACAGUGGAAACUAGAAGACCACCACUGGUGAAUGCUGACAAUAAAAAUGGAACCACUGGACGAUCCCAAACCAGAGAAGUUAGUUCUAGGUAUAGGUCACCUACUCCAUCUACAGCCUCCGGUCCAAAGCGUUGCCCUUCGCCAAAUGCCACUAGAACAACAACAUCGGCAAUUGUAUCAGUAACUAAGAGGUCAGCGUCAGCUGACAGGAAGCGUCCUACCACUCCAUUAUCACCUCCAAGUCCACGUGCAUCAACUCCAGUCCAGGAUACAACUGCAGAAAUGCUACUGGGAUCAAAAAAGAUACUAGGUAAUAAGUUACCAGAGUCUUUAUGGCCAUCUACAGUGCGGAGUCUCAGUGUUUCUUUCCAAUCUGAUACCUUUUCUCUCCCUAUAUGUAAGAGAGAAAAACCAGUGUCUCAUGGUCUUUCUGAUCGCAAUUUGAAGUCAUCAGUGAAUGUAGUGCUUAAACAGGGCAAAGCACCACCGGCUUCAAGGAAGCCUACACCAGAGAGGAAGAGGAGCCCACCUAAAGGAAAGAAUUCUACUGAUCAAUCAGAGAAUUCCAGACCAGUUGAUGGUUUACAUACUCAACUGGUGGAUCAGCAUCGAUGGCCAAGCCGAACAGGUGGAAAAGUGUUCUCCAAUGCUUUAAAAAGAAAUACUGAUCUCACUGAUAAGACUAAUAGAACUUCUUUAACCCAUUCAGUAGCAGGUUCACCAAACCUGAGGAGAUUAUCUUUGGAGGGGGCAAGUAAACCUUUACCAGAAACUUCCUGUGCCUUGUUAACAUGUGUAUCUCGUGAACGUGAGAAAAUAAUAUUCCGGGGUUGUUCAGUUGUUGAUAGUUCACAGAUAAAAAAGACAGUUUCUUCAGCCUCAUUGAAGAGAGAAACUUUAGGGAAUUCUGCUGUUAAACAUCAAUCUUUGCCAACUCCUGGAUCAAGUCCUGCAUCACCCUCUGCCUCUAGAGUCGGUCCAGCCAAAGCAAAGGCUGUCAAUCCUCCUAGAGGACCCAAUCCUGCUCGGGUAAGACCAUCCAGUCCAUCAAAGCAAGCUCAGAGUUCAACAUCUGUCCUCAGGUUUAUUGUGGAUAUUAAGAGAGGCAAGAAGGCUGCAAAUCACAUAGAAGAUGUUCAUCAGUCGCGGUUGCUAUACAAUCGACUCUUGCAAUGGCGAUAUGCCAAUGCUAGGGUAAAUUCUGCACUGCAUUCUCAGAAAAUAAAGGCAGAGGUAUGAGACAGUAUUU